AUGAGCCCGGUCGCUUGGCUAUUCAUUUCCAUGUUCGCCGGAGUUAUUCUGAUUCUCGCCAUCGUUUAUCUUUUUGCGCUCAAGAUCCGUCACGACAAGAAGAUAGCAGCUGGAAAGGCGGUGGAUGACAAAGUCUUUGGGAACGUCAUCGCAGACCCCAUCACUACAUAUCUUGGGACUCUGAAAGCGUUCAGUCCGCUUUAUCCUCAUUUCAGUGUUUUUUUCGGUGCACCAAAGAGUUUCCCAAGGAAGAGUUCUUUGUCCCUCUUACCUCAAAGAGAGCCAGGCAGCACCGGGCCUGUCGGUUACCGCGGAUCACCUUCUAACCAUCUUUGUUGGGUGUAUGUCAUAGCUGGCUCACUGACAAUAGAAAACCGACGGUUCAAAACGUCUCACGGCCUCGAAAUGUUGCCACUUUCCGCUCUCAUAAUCCUGGGCAUUGUGGGGGUUUUCAGCACCUUGACCUUCCUGUUCGCGGUAUAUCACACAAUCAAGACGAGACUUGAAGCAGGGAGACUAAAGAGUGCUGAAUUGGACAUUAACGUGUCUCUACCACUGACAGAAACCACAGUGGCUCCUGAAAUGACAGCGGCAUUUCUUAGACCAAUACCAAGCCCAGUGCUCUCGCCACCACCAAUCGAACGCGCUAGGACCCCAGAGGCAGAAUCCCCGCCUCCACUACCACGAGAGCUGGAGUUGGAAGAUGUAUUAGUCCCACAAACUUCAGUGCCCUUACCGUCCGCGAACAUGUUGCAUCCCAGAAUGCAGGGGGAAGAACCCUCCAUACCUUUGCGCGGGAAGUUUGGGGUUCAGAUGGACGACUUCAUCCGCGCAGAGACACCGCCACCUCUGCCUCCUACGAGCAGCAGCGACCUUGUUCCCCUUAUGAGAAAAGAGAGGGACAGCAUGCACGAAAUAUACGAGAUAUACAGCAAACUGCCCCCAGGGCCCAAGUCGGCUCCGGGGAGAAUAACGACCUUUGCCAUGGCGGAGAGUAAAUGGGCUUAUUUUGGGCAAAAGCGCGCAGAGGACAUGGAGCUGGUUUGA